GCGGACUGCGCGCUGAUUGGCGGAGGGCGCCUGGGCCAGUGUCACACAUGCGCGCGGCUGGGGUGCGUGAGGAAGAGGUUCAGUUCUGGUUGAAGAAAUAAUUUAGUCUACAUGUGCUUCAGUACCCAUUGGAAGAAUGACAGAUGACAAAGAUGUGCUUCGAGAUGUGUGGUUUGGACGAAUACCAACCUGCUUCAUGCUGUAUCAGGAUGAGAUAACUGAAAGGGAAGCUGAACCUUAUUAUUUGCUUUUACCUAGAAUAAGCUACUUGACACUGGUAACGGACAAAGUGAAAAAACACUUUCAGAAGGUUAUGAGACAAGAGGAUGUUACUGAGAUAUGGUUUGAAUAUGAAGGCACACCCCUGAAAUGGCAUUUUCCGAUUGGAUUGCUAUUUGACCUUCAUGCAUCAAAUACAGCCCUUCCUUGGAACAUCACAGUGCAUUUCAAGAAUUUCCCAGAAAAGGAUCUACUGCACUGUCCUUCUAAAGAUGUGAUUGAAGCUCAUUUCAUGGCUUGUGUAAAGGAAGCAGAUGCCUUAAAGCACAAAAGUCAAGUCAUCAAUGAGAUGCAGAAAAAGGAUCAUAAACAGCUCUGGAUGGGGUUACAGAAUGCAGAUCAUUAUCACCUAAUACCUGGAAGUAAUCUGGAAAUGCCUGCAAACUUGCCAGCUUCUCCGAACAACAAAUUUGACCAAUUUUGGGCCAUAAAUCGGAAACUCAUGGAGUAUCCUCCAGAAGAUAGUGGAUUUCGUUACAUCCCAUUUAGAAUAUAUCAGGUAACAACGGAACGACCUUUUAUACAGAAGUUAUUUCGUCCGGUUGCUACAAAUGGGCAGCUAAAUACGCUCGGAGAUCUCCUAAAAGAAGUUUGUCCUGCUGCAAUUACUCCUGAAGAUGGACAAAAGAAGAAUCAAGUGAUGGUUCAUGGAAUUGAGCCGAUGCUUGAGACACCAGUACAGUGGCUAAGUGAACAUAUGAGCUAUCCUGAUAAUUUUCUUCACAUUAGUAUUAUUCCCCAACCUACAGAUUGAAGAAUCAGCUGUAUCAGAUAUAAGGAUUAUCCUCAGGCUGGAUUUACCAGGGCAUGUUAACCUUUUACUUAUGUCAGGCUUGGUGGAGGCAAUCUGACCAGAAAAACCUCACUGCUGCAAGCCAAACAGGAAAAAAGAUCCCAUCACUAGAUAAGGACAAUUGGGCUGGUCUUAGUUUGCAUCACCACUGCUUUUCUCCACUGCCGUCAUUAAACCUCAGUUGUGACAUGAAAGACUUUACAGGACCAUUGAAAGUCUGCUGUUUUCUUGUAAAAUAUAAUGAAGCUGAAACUAUUAGCCUGAAGAGCAAAUGGAAAUAUGUGCCACCUGAUUUGUAUUUCUGAUUAACAAAUAAACAAGGGUUUUUCCUAAUGUAACAAUAUUUCAGCUUUGGUUAUAGUGGAAACAUUGGUUUAAUUUUCUAGAAAAUUAGAUACCAAGAGAAAUUAUGUUAUCAAUAACUUCUAGUAACUUUUUGUAAAAGAUCAAGUUACAGUAAACCCAGAUUUCCUUAAUAGGAAUUUCAUAUGUUUACAGUAUGUCUAUUGGUAUGAAAACUGUCUUUAACUUUGAUAACAAGCAGUGAGAAAUUUUUAAAUAAAAACUCUGAACAUAUAUUUUGUCAUUUAAGAACAUG